GCUGAGAACACACCGACAGCUGAGGUGGCUCAGGUCGCCAACACGGACUGGCUGAGCCACUGUAACUCGAAGAGCUGCGUACGCCCCGCAGAUGGCAGCGCAUUCUAUCACAAUGAGCUCUUCCGGGUGCCGUUGUAUGAAAUUAUCCCCUUGGAGGCCGUGGUGGGAACGUGCUGUGUUCUCGACCUGUACACCUACUGCAAAGGGAGGCCAAAAGGGGUGAAGGAGCAGGAUGUAUAUAUUUGUGAUUACCGCCUCGAUAAAUCAGCUCACCUCUUUUACAAGAUCCACCGGAAUCGUUACCCCGUCUGCACCAAGCCCUAUGCCUUUGACCACUUUCCCAAGAAACUCACGCCCAAGAGGGACUUCUCACCUCAUUACGUACCCGACAACUACAAGAGAAAUGGAGGCAGAUCUUCCUGGAAAACAGAUCGCUCAAAACCGCAGGUUAAAGACUUAAACCACGAAGAAGAUUCUCUUCCGCUUAUUGAGGAUGUGUUAGGAAGCCAAGAUCCGACCUCGAGGGAGAUGCCCAGCCUCGAGGAGCCGGACAAGGAGGCAGUCUCCAGUGAGAGCUGCGAAAGUGAUAAAAAGGUGGAGGAAGGCAGUUCCGAGACAAGGCAGCUGUGCACUCCGGAGGAGAGGCGGCACAGUCAGAGGGAGAGACUUAAUCAAAUCCUGCUAAACCUCUUAGAGAAAAUCCCAGGGAAAAAUGCUAUUGAUGUCACUUACUUGCUGGAGGAAGGAUCAGGAAGAAAACUGAGGCGGCGCACUCUCACCAUCCCGGAGAGCAGCUUCAGGAAGUGACGCCACGAGAGGAACCUGUGGUCUGGAGUCUGCUACAAGGUCUGCUGAGGACUGAGGGCAGGAGCCCAACUUCCUCUGCACCAGCCAAGGAAAAGAGGGCAGCAGCAAACGGACAAAUAUACAAACAGUUAGCACUUAGAUGUCUGGGUCGGCGGGUUGCCCUGCCCUGCUCUGCAGUGCUCUUAUGGUGUGUGUGUUGUUGGGCGUGCCUUGUAUUGAU